UGCGAAGUUCACACGCAGACCUGCCCGCAAUUUUCCAAUCGCCAAGUCAAUUGGCUGAUUUUUGCCGGUUCCAAAUUGAACCGGCGUUAAUGGUGAUCACACUCCGGUGGAGAUGACUUCAAACAUCUGACCGCACUCUCUCUCCGUGCCUUUUCUCCACCACAUUCAUCACUCUCGGCUCUCGGGGAAACACACUUGUGGCGAGGCUGUGCGAACCGGGGAGCAGUCCCGGGUCUCCCGCACAUAUGGAGGGAGACGUUAUGGACAAACUGGAGGCCAUGGCCACAGUCUGUGACUUCGAUCCCAUAACGGGCAGCAUCCCGGCCACCAAAGUUGAAAUCACCGUGUCAUGCAGGAGUCUUUUGGACAGAGACACAUUCUCCAAAUCAGACCCACUGGUCGUACUGUACACCCAGGGAGUGGAGUGCAAACAGUGGAGAGAGUUCGGGAGGACGGAGGUGAUAGACAACACGCUAAACCCGGACUUUGUCAGAAAGUACAUCCUGGACUACUUCUUUGAGGAGAAGCAGAACCUGCGCUUUGACGUGUACGAUAUUGAUUCCAAAAGCCCAGAUCUGGCAAAGCAUGACUUCCUGGGACAGGUGUACUGUACGCUGGGCGAGAUCGUGGGCUCCCCUGCCAGUCGCCUGGACAAGCCCCUGGGGUAA